AUGAGUUGUUUUGUUGAAGCACAUCAAUCAAUGUAUCCCAAGGUGGUUGUCAAAGAACAAGUCCAUGAUCAUGUUGAAUCGCUUGAAGGUCUCCGUUAUCUUGUUCAUUUUGGAGUAGAAAACGUAGCCCCUGAUGAAUCUUAUGCAAAAACAAGGCAAAUUUGUGUGUCAAAAUUGGCAAUGCGAACUUUUCCCAUCGCAAAAGGGUCGGGAAAGAUAGAACAUCGUGAAAUUAAGGACGUUGAUCAUGUAGUUCAACGUCCUCGAGCAGUAUUAUCUAGUCCCGAUAAUGACUAUUUGAUUGGGAAGAUGAACGAGAAGGCAUUCAAACGGGUUUCUACUCCAAAACCACAUGCUUCUGGGAAAGUUAAUGUGGUUCAUGUUGACGUUGGGAAGGCACGUGUUACACUUCGUGAUAACAAAAAGACGAAUGAUGGGAUUAAGAAAGGGCUAACACCACUCUCGCAUCACUGCUCCUCAAUUGCUAACCAGAUUGAUUUCCUAAAAUUGAUCUUUGUUUGGAUCGAUCAUCAAGAGGUUGAGCAAAUGGGAUAA